AUGUAUUCUAAAAAGAAGAAUAAUUGUGGCGUUCGUCUACCAAGUUUAUAUUGUCAAAUACUUAUUAAAUCUGAAUUUGAUUAUCGACGUGAAAUACGUCGUAAAUUAGAUCGAAUUCAACAUGAUAAUCGUGAUUCAAUGCGUCGUCAUUUUGCUAAUGAUCAUGUUUUUGCACAUGAUCUUUUAACAAAACGUCAUCAAUGGUUUACUAUUGAUAAAUCAUAUCGAGAUACAUGUAAAAUAAUGUGGAAUCGACAAGCAACAGAAUCAAAUCGAAAAAGUCAUUUAUUUUUACCAAGUAUUUAUUCAACAGAAAAUUCUUCGCCAAUAAAAAUGACAUCUUGGAAUACUGAUAACAGUACGGAUAUAGAAGAAAAUUCAAUAAUAGCUAAUGAAAAAAUUAAACGAGAUUUUUUAUGUAAACAACCAGUGAUGUUAGAAGUUUUAGGUGCACCACACUCAUCACAAGUGUUAAAACAUAAACAAGAAGUAGAAUUAAGAAAACAAAGUGCUCAAAAACGACAUGCUCAUAUUCAAACAACAGCAAUAAAUGACAAUCGUUAUAGACAACUUGUUAAUUCAUUACAAGACGAUUGA